AAUAACAUUUCAUCAAUCUGUUAAGAUCUAGACGCCAAAGCCAUGUGCCUGUUGUUGUUUUUAUUUAUAUGAACAAAAGUCAUCAAUCAACAUUGUGCGAUUUAAAAAAUUCAAAUAUGACUGACAAGAAUACACCUGCAGCAGAUAUGUCUCCCAAUGAGGAGGAUUUAUUAAUCUGCCUACCUGGUGAACGCUUGUGCCGCGUAGAGGAUAAUGUUAUAGUUGGUGAGGGAACCUACGAGCAGGGCGGCUACAUUUAUGCCUGCAAAUCAGGAAUAGUCAACAUCGAUGACUCUACGGAAAAGUGCCAAAUUGUAAGUGUUCACAAGCCGGGCUUCCAUUUGACCAUUCCGGCAACGGGAGAUGUUGUCACGGCACGCGUUCUUGUGACGACACCUAAAUUUGCAAAGUGUGCGAUAUUUUGCGUUAGGAACGUGCUGCUCGAGAGCAGCUAUCGUGGCCUGCUGCGUAAGGAGGAUGUGCGCGAAACGGAAAAGGAUCGAGUGGACAUCUACAAGUCAUUCAAGCCUGGCGAUAUCAUACUGGCACGCGUCAUCAAUCAAAUGGAACAAUCCUUCACGUUGAGCACAGCUGAAGCAGAGCUCGGUGUUGUGGUUUCUUAUGCGAGUGAUAUACGGAAACACCGCAUACCCAUGGUGCCCAUUGGUUGGGGCGAGAUGCAGUGUCCCCAGACAACGAUAAAGGAGCCCAGAAAGGUAGCAAAGGUUCUACCCGAAAGUUUAAUCAAAAUUGAACCAUAAAUAUAAUUCUAAAUAACUUUGCCCUGAA